AUGAAGUGUGUUGAAGCCAAGAAGUUUUGCUGGUAUUUUGAGGAACGAUAUCCUGCAUAUUUUGUAUGUCGCUCCUAUGAGGACUGCUGUGGAACUCGCUGUUGUGUCAGAGCCUUAUCCAUUCAGAGAUUAUGGUACUUCUGGGUCCUGCUCAUGAUGGGGGUGUUGUUCUGCUGCGGUGCUGGCUUCUUCAUCCGCAGAAGGAUGUAUCCUUCUCCUCUGAGAGAUGAGCCAACCUUCAAUGUGUCCUUCACCAGGCAAUCUGUCACCUCUCCAGAAUCACAGAUUCCCACCGAAGCAACAGAAGCCAAGUCAUUUCAGGACUAUUUACUCGCCACAUGUCUGAGUUAUUUACUGCACUUGGUAAGUUACUUUUCUUCUGACAUGGUUUAUAACUAUUAUUUUGAGUUGAGCUCAUUCGCCACACGGCUCGGUGUUAGCAUUUUUAGCUUAGCGUGCCGAAUGUUAGCGGAGUAUUUGUUGGAAAAAUAUCGAGCCGGUAAAGAUUUAAUCAAUUUAUUGACUAACUUGAACAGAUCCGUAAUAAUCUGGAGUGUGUUUUUUCGUGAUGUUGAGUGUUUACAUGCAUUUUGGUCAGAUUUAUCAAACUUUCUGAUCGAUUUUUUCCAUUGAAAAAAAUGUAAAAGGCUUUUUCACGUUGAGAGCAUUAUUCCCGCUGUUGUGUCUUCUUAUCUACGUUUUGCAGCAUGUUUUAAUCCUUUUAUUGCCU